GAAACUUCAGUUUCCAAUCAAUGGUUUAAAUGUUCCAAUGUCCUAGUCAAAGUCCCUCCAGGCCUGAUUUAAAUGCCAGGAUGUAGCUACAUGUGGCGUCCUCUUCCUCAGAUCCGGGGAAGCUCCGGCCAGGCCCGCGAGGCCCUCAAGAGGCACUUCACGGAACUGCAGGCGGCGGCCGGCCGCUUGCUGUCGGAGCGGCUGGCCGGCCUGCUGGCCGAGGUCGACGCCAUCGAGGCCGACAGCAUCAAGCCUCUGGACGACUGCCAGAGCCUCAUCGAGCACGGCGUGGGGCAGGCCGACGAGCUGCUGAGAGAGGGAGAAGCUGCUCUGCGCUGCGGUCUGGGAGAAAAGGAGGACAAACUGGGCAGCUUCACGAAGAAAGCCAUGCACAUCCAGCUGGACAGCCUUCCCGAGGUCCCGGCUCUGGUGGACGUCCCGUGUGUCUCGGCCCAACUGGACGACUCCGUCCUCAGCCUGCUGAGGGACAAAGUGUCCCGCCACGGCGCCGUCUCCUCCCAUCCGCCCGUCCAGAUAGAGGAGCUACAGGAGCGGCCGGGCGGCAUCCUGGUCCGCUGGUGCAAGGUGGAUGAGGACUUUGCUGCUGCAGAUUACCGGCUGCAGUACCGGCGGUCGGGCAGCGGGGGGAGCCAGUACGAGGACGCCUACAUCGGCCGGGACUGCGAGUUCCUGGUUCUGCAUCUGGACCCGCACACGGACCACCUGUUCCGGGUCAGCGCCCGGGGCGAGGGCCGCACCGAGUGGAGCCCCUGGAGCGUCCCGCAGACGGGCUACACCACCCUGGCUCCGCACGAGUGGCGUUCAGGGACCGAGGGCUACAUCCUCAGCAGCAGGAAGAACAUCGCCCUGCGUAACGACUCCGCCCAGAGCCGCUGCGCCGUCCUGUACUCCAACGCCCCCACCUACUUCUGCGGCCAGACGCUCACCUUCAAGAUCUCUGCAGCUGGCCAGAUCGAUCGGCUGGACAGCCUGGGGGUUUGCAUCGACACUCAGAGCGGAGACGAGUCGCUGCAGAGAGACCAAGCUGUCUGCAUCUCCACCAACGGCGCCGUUUUCGUCAACGGUAAAGAGAUGACCAAUCAGCUUCCGGCCAUCACCGUGGGCUCGGCCGUGACCUUUGACAUGGAGGUGGUCAAUCUGCUACCCAUCAGCAACAACAACCUGAGCGAGGGCGGCCAUUUUAAGCUGCGGGUGACGAUCGGCUCCGGGAACCGGGAGGUGGUGUUCGACUGGCUGGUGGACCAGGCGGUGGACUGCCUCUUCUUCGGCUGCUCCUUCGUCCACUCCGGCUGGAAAGUUCUCGUGUUUUAGGAAAAUUAAUCCUCCGAUUGCCACCGCUACCUGCAGCGCAACUUUCCGUCAUCCAACAAAGUUUUCAGGGGGAAAAAAACUAAGGAAUAUUUGUCUUUUGAUCAUGACCAUCAUGACAACGCGGCUGACUAUCAAACAUGUUUGCUUGGAUCUGCAGGUUUCCUUCAAAUGAAAUUCAAUAAAACGUUUCACUGUA